AUGAAAGUCUGGCAGCUUACAGUUCUCGCGUCGCUGUGGGGUACAGCGCUGCACUCAACGGCGGCGAAGAUCCAACACAGCAACGUCUCUAUACCUUUGUCCAAAAUAGACACUAUCUAUGAGAAAGAGCAUGUCAAGCAGCUUCACCAGCUGCGAAAGAUGGCUAAUCGAAUGAAAACGAUACCUGAGUUCCUUCAACUUAGGCAGCACCCGCUAUCGUCGGUGUCGGAGAUUCCGUUACACGACCAAGUUAUUGCGUCAAAAAAACUAGCCACUUACUAUGGAGAAAUAAGUAUAGGAAGUGAACCUGAGAGGGCAUUCAAAGUUCUGUUCGACACUGGAUCGUGCGAGUUCUGGGUGCCAGAUGAGACCUGUCUGUCCAUGCAGUGCAUUGGUCACACGAAGUAUAGGAGAAGCGCAUCAUUUCAGCCGAGGUUUAAUCAAAACGGCAAGCCAAGCCUCAUGAAUGUCGUGUACCUGAGUGGCACACUCCAAGGCUACGACGGCUACGACACGGUGCACCUCGGCAAUGGCAUUUCUGUACCGCAUACGAACAUUGGGUUCGGCACGCUGGUGGACAUUCCUCUACUGAGAGAUCUUGCCUGGGAUGGCAUCGUUGGUCUUGGAUUCAAGAACCACGAGAUCUCCAGUAGGGGAGUAGUUCCGUUCCUUGACCAUAUCGUCCAAACGAAGGCCCUAGAAUCCAAACAUCUUGGGAACCAGUUUGCUUACUACCUCAACGCGGACGGCGGUUCCAUGACUUUUGGUGGCGCUGACUUGUCAAAGAAAGAAUACCCCACGGAGGAAUUCAGUUGGAUUCCUGUGGACCCUUCAGACAGUUACUGGACAGUUAAAGUUAUCGGUGUUCAUAAAGAACCCCGAUCCACCAGCUCGCUUGCCACUGUGACGAAACAGCUAGAAAACGGGCAAACCGCAGUAACUCAAACGGAUGGGAAAAAGUCGAUUGUUGACACCGGCACCUACCUCAUAUACGCGCCUGCAACCGUUAUGGAGAAUGAGCUCAGUGACAUCUCAGUUUCUUCCUGCGACGACAAAAAGAGACUUCCUGAUUUGAUUCUGCAGUUCCUGGGUAAUCCGCAGCAUGGAGGUGAUUCUGUAGUAGAGGUGCGACUGAGCCCGGACGACUACGUCCUUGAAUUCCUUGAAGAUGAUGGAAGCCGCGAGUGUAUGCUUGGCAUAGCUAUGGAUGACGCUGCAGAAGAAGAUGCACUCGACGGCUGGACACUAGGACAGGUAUUCCUCCGCUGUUACUAUACAGUUUUCGAUAGAGACAACUUGCAAAUUGGAUUUGCUCGGGCCAAACACUGAGAAAUGGUGCUUUCUUCACCAUGUUCGCAACAUUGUACGUGAGUCGCGUAGUGAUCCCACGUGGUGCAGUGAACAAAUUGGUAUCAAUGAGUUGGCGCUCCACAUGAUUGCAACUCGUCUUCGAAAGUUACUACCGCUACGAAGUGAUCACUGCAUGACGUGACUCGGGAAGCAACCCUUAGAUGCUCUCCAGGUAUC